GGCGCAUUGCCGGCGGCUCGGGGCCGAGCCCGCUGCAGCUGCCGCUGGCGCGCAACAUGAAGGAGCUCAGGAGGAGCGUGCAGCUGACGCCGCGGCACGGCCAUGCCCGGCCGCCGGCCGACCUCUACGGCCCGCUGGCCGGCGACGAGGACAAGAUCGACCUGGCCGCCGAGCACCACCGCGUGGUGCGGCUCAACUCCGAGUACAACACGCUGGCGCAGCGGCAGCACGGCCGGCCAGCAGACGCCAUGUAUGACUACGCCGUGCCGGUGGAUACGAGCCCGCCAUCGUGCUCGGACGGGCCGGCGGCCGGGCUUGCCGGCACGUCCCGCUCCUGGGACAACCCCAACUACCGGCAGUCGCCGCACAGCGGCGCCCAGUCCAGCAGCCAGCCGUCCGUAUGCAGCAUCAGUGAGCUACUGCCGUCGCCCCCGCCGCUGCCGCCGCCGCCGUUGCAGCCGACUUGUGCCAGCUUCGGGCGGCGCCGCCGGUUGCUGGCUGGCGGCGUGCAGGGCGUGACGGGCACGUGUGUCUGGGACAGCAGCGGCGCCGGGCCGCCGGCCGGUCGUGCUGCCGUCACCGAGAUCAGCGACGAGCUCAUCCAGCUGAGAGACAGGAUCGGACAGGGACGGUAUGGAGAGAUCCGCGUGUGCGAGGUGCACCAACGCUCGUCGGCCGACAGUCCGUACCAGGCGCCCUCCCGGCUGGCCACGGCCCGCAGUCUGCGGCCGGGCGCCCCGGCCGAGGCCGCCGGCCGGCUCCGCCGCGAGGCCGAGCCCCUCUGUCGGGUCACUGACCCACACGUGACCCGGCUGCUGGGCCUCUGCACGCUGGAGCAGGCGCCCGGCCUGCUGGUCGAGUACCUGGAGAACGGCGACCUCAACGAGUUCCUGCGGAGAGCGCCGCACGACCCGACCCGGGUAGACGGACCACUCGACCUGGGCUCUCUGGUCUACAUUUCGGAGCAGAUCGCGGCUGGCAUGGAACACCUCGAGUCCCUCGCAAUCGUCCACCGUGACCUGGCCGCUCGCAACUGUCUGGUGGGUCACCGGCUCAAGGUGAAGGUCGGUGACCUGGGGCCCAGCCGAGAGCAGUACGCCAGCGACUACGUGACCCUGCCGGAUGGCCGGGUCAUCCCGCUGCGGUGGCGGGCUCCCGAGGCCCUGUUCACGGAGGAGAUGAGUACCCGCUCGGACGUGUGGUCGUUCUCUAUGACGCUGUGGGGGUUGCUGACCUGGUGUCUUCUGCUCUGUUUCAGGAGGAGAUGA